CAUAUUUACACGGCGACGCGAAUUUUUUUGCAUUUUAGACGGGUCCCGUCAUAAACAACGAAUUUUCUCCUGAAAACAAAAAAAAUCUCCAUCUUCGUUCUCCCAAGAUUUGACUUCAGAAUCUUCAUGAAUACUAGAACUACUGUGGUAUCUGCAGUUUCCUGUAAAUCGGGAAACAAGAACGGAUUUUUCUGCUGGAUUUUGUUGUGCUUGCUUUCUAAGUUCUUUAAAACUGCUACGCUGAACGUGGACUUCACUUCAAUUGCGGCUAUUUAUAGGAUUUUGUUGGUAGUUCACUCCUUUGAAGCAUUUGGAAAGGCUUGCCUGCUAUAGUAUUAAUAUUUGGCCAUCUACAUCCCUCAAAGAGUAACCGGAAACAUGGUCUCUUCUCAGCUCUUUGCUCCGACAAAAACUAACUUGCAGAAGUCCUUGCACCGGCAGUUGCUUUUACCACUGAGUGCCCCCAAUGUUGUUCCAUCAGAGCAGUUUGAACUGGAUUUCUCUGAUGUCUUUGGUCCUCCUUCUCUGGCCUCAAAUGAAGCUAGUAAUGGAGUAUGUGAAAGCAUGGUCUUUCCAGCAGAUACAAGUGAAUUUGUCUAUGAUGAUCCAGAGAUUGUACACAGUAGGUCACAUUCCUUGGUUGGUCCUUCUUCAUACAAAAAUCAAGCACUCAAACUUGGGAGGCUGACCAUUCAUGAAACAGAAGAUUCACUGGAACUGGUAGAGAAUGUUAUAUCACAGACAAUUAAGGAAGACCAGGAACUGUCUGUCACUGAUUUAGCAAAAGCUGGAACCAUCUGCCUUGAAGAUUUUGAAGUCAUGAAAGUUGUUGGGCAGGGUGCAUUCGGGAAAGUAUUUCAGGUGAAAAAGAAGGGCACAUCAGAAAUUUAUGCAAUGAAGGUGAUGAGAAAGGAUAAGAUUAUGGAGAAGAACCAUGCUGAAUAUAUGAAAGCAGAAAGAGAUAUCUUGACAAAGAUAGAUCACCCAUUUGUAGUCCAGCUUAGGUACUCAUUCCAGACAAAGUAUAGGCUUUACCUUGUGCUAGACUUCAUUAAUGGUGGCCACCUCUUCUUUCAGCUCUAUAAACAAGGCCUUUUCAGAGAGGAUCUGGCACGAAUUUAUGCAGCAGAAAUUGUAUCAGCAGUGUCUCACCUUCAUGCAAAUGGGAUAAUGCACAGGGAUCUCAAACCGGAAAACAUACUAGUGGAUGUCGAUGGCCAUGCCAUGUUGACUGAUUUUGGACUUGCCAAGCAAUUCAAGGAGGAUACAAGAUCAAACUCCAUGUGUGGAACAGUAGAAUACAUGUCACCCGAGAUUAUUCUCGGGAAGGGCCAUGAUAAGGCUGCAGACUGGUGGAGUGUAGGAAUUUUGUUGUUUGAGAUGCUCACCGGGAAGCCUCCUUUCACUGGUGGAAAUAGGCAAAAGAUUCAGCAGAAGAUAGUUAAAGACAAACUCAAGCUGCCAGCGUUUUUGUCCAGCGAAGCACAUGCUCUGCUUAAAGGGCUGCUGCAAAAAGACCCAAGUAAACGGCUUGGCAGUGCGCUUAAGGGAAGUGACGAUAUCAAGGGCCAUAAAUGGUUCAGACCAAUCAACUGGAAGAAGUUGGAGGCAAGGGAGAUACAGCCAAGUUUCCGUCCUGAAAUUGCUGGAAUACACUGCAUUGCCAAUUUCGAUAAGUGCUGGACAGAGAUGUCACUGGUAGAUUCUCCAGUUUCCAGUCCAAAGGAUAACGGGGACCCUUUUCAGGGUUAUACUUACGUGAGACCUGCUGCAUCCUUUCUCCAGAGGAGCAGUCCUUUUUGCUAGGAUGGAUUUAUAGGAUGACACUUUAUGUUGUUUCAUUUUCUUCUAUAGGAUGCAGUAGUCAGUUAAGGUCAUUAUCAGGAAAAUGAAACCUAUCCUUCUAUUAUUUAAGUUGUUUGAUUUGUUGUUUCUUCUUUCUGGUACUGAUUCAGAGGCUUCUUAUCUUAGACCUUGCAUCAGGUGUAUACUACGACGACUGGUUAGGUCGUCUGUUUGUUGAAAUGAGAUUCAUGGCUGAUUGUUGCAUUUUGAAAUUUCAAAGGA